AUGGUUUACCACAUAGUCAACAAAGUCAUGGUGGUAUCCAACAACAUCAACCUCAUCAAAAUAUGCCUGGUCAUGCAGGUGGACUGGGGCCAAGUAUUCAAGGACAUCCAAAUCCACACCUCCAUCAUCCUGGAGCGCCCCCAUUACAUCAUGUGCCUCGUCAGCCUCAAGGACCAUCUUUCUGCUGUUGGUCCCGCACAUGGAGUUCCUUCUCAAAUGCCAUAUGGAUCACCUCAUCAUUCUGUUCCAAUGAAUUAUCAACCCCAUCAGGUGCAACAUCCACUUGAUGUGAAUGUUUCCAACCAAUAUGGCUCUGUAAAACCUAGUGGGAAUAGAAACUGGAAGUCCACAAUACAGGCCACCCUUUCCUCAAUUGUCGCCGCAAAUGUCGCCCAGAGCACAAGUUUUUCGCCUAGGCAACCGCAGUCCCAGUCGCAACUAUCACCUCGACCUGUAAUGUCACCUGUAAAAGGACCCAGUGCGUCUCCAUUAAGUUCCACGUGGUGUUACCCAACCGCCACCAUCUGCCGGUCCACCUCCCGUGUCUAG